CUAAUCAUUGACCCAACUUCAAUAGAAUUACCAUCACAAAUUUUCUAUCAUAAUUUGAAAUUUUCUAACGAAGAAUUAGAACAAGAUUUUAAAGAUUGUAAAUCACUGGAUUCUGUACCGAACACAGAUUCACAAAUUAUAAGAAUUUGUGAAAAGCUUGUAAACUACCUAAAAACUUAUUAUGAAGAAGAAGAUGUAGGCAAAUUUAAGGAUCAUCAUUGUAACCUUUUGAGCCAUUGGAUAUAUGAACAGUUGAAUAGAAAAUUUAAAGGUGAACUUACAAAAAUUACUCCAAUUUAUGCUAAAUUUCUUUUUAUAUUAAGCAAUAUUUUUAAAAAUCCAAAUGAAUCCAAAACCAUUGAUUGCCUGCGUAAUAUAAGUGUAUUUUCUCCAUACACUGACUGGAAACAUCGUAUGGAUCUUUAUGAUUAUUGUGUAGAUUAUGAUAAAAUUAUUGAAUUGGCUUUUUCUAGUUAUGAAAAAUGCAAAAAAUAUAAAGAAUACAUCGAAGAAAAAUUUCCACUCUAUGAUGAAUUUGAGAGAUUAUAUAUUCCAGCAUAUAAGAAAGAUGCUUUCUAUGAGAAAUGUAAAAAAUACGACCCGAAAAUCGUGAUAGAUAAAUUAAAUUGUGAAAAAAAGAUUUCAACGACCAGGAAAGUUAGAAGCAGAUUUACCUGGUCCUCGUUCAUUAGAUAUUACAGAUUUUUCCUGUAA